GAGACUAUCACUCCAUGCCCAUUGUCAUAUCCCGAUUUAGAACCCUCAAACUUCUUAUAUAAAUAUACCUCACUCUUCCUCUCCCCCCGCAUCACUGUUUCUGUGUUUUCCGUCAUGGCUUCCUCAGCCAAAACUAUACUGGUCACCGGAGGGGCCGGCUUCAUCGGCUCUCACACCGUUGUUCAGCUUCUCAAAGGUCACUUCAACGUUACUAUCAUCGAUAACCUUGACAAUUCCGUCAUGGAAGCCGUCAACCGGGUCCGGGAUUUGGUCGGUCCCGACCUUUCUAAGAACCUGGACUUCGUCCAAGGUGAUCUCAGGAAUGGAGGCGACUUGGAGAAACUGUUUUCCAAGACCAAAUUUGAUGCCGUGAUCCACUUCGCGGGGCUAAAAGCUGUUGGAGAAAGUGUUAAAAAUCCCCUCCGGUAUUUUGAAUAUAAUUUGAUCGGCACCAUCAAUCUCUAUCAAGCCAUGAAAAAGUACAACUGUAAGAAGAUGGUCUUCUCAUCAUCUGCAACCGUCUAUGGUGAAGCUAAAAAGAUACCUUGCGACGAGAAUUCGGAGUUAAUGGCCGUUAGUCCUUAUGGACGAACCAAGCUGAUACUGGAAGACAUUGCCAGAGACCUUCAAAAGGCAGAACCAGAUUGGGGGAUCGUUUUACUGAGAUACUUCAAUCCGGUAGGAGCCCAUGAAAGUGGUAACAUUGGUGAAGAUCCGAGAGGAAUCCCCAAUAACCUCAUGCCUUUCAUACAGCAAGUUGCUGUUGGAAGAUUACCUGAGCUUAACGUUUUUGGCCUUGAUUACCCCACAAAAGAUGGCACUGCGGUACGGGACUAUAUUCAUGUAAUGGACUUGGCGGAUGGUCACAUCGCUGCCCUGCGCAAGCUUUUCAACGCAGAGAAUAUAGGUUGUCAGGCUUACAACCUGGGAACUGGUCGUGGUACGUCCGUGCUUGAAAUGGUUGCGGCAUUUGAAAAAGCUUCUGGAAAGAAAAUUCCCCUGAAGAAGUGUCCGAGGAGGCCUGGAGAUGCUGUUGCUGUGUAUGCAUCAACAGAGAAGGCUGAGAAAGAACUAGGAUGGAAGGCAAAAUAUGGCGUAGAAGAAAUGUGCAGGGACCAAUGGUGUUGGGCAAGCAACAAUCCGUGGGGCUACAUGGGGAAGCCAUAGUUCUUACCAGUAAUUAGCUUGGAGACACAGGCUUCUUAAUUAAGUUACUGCACAUUUUUUACUUUUGUUUGCUCAGCUUGAAACACGUUGUGUUGAGAAAUUGCGGUAGGUUUAUUUGGCAUGCUUGGAAUAUUGACCAAAGAUUCAGCAGUCAGUUUUGGGAUGGUGAUUUUUGUAAUGUUUAGAGCAAAGAGUUUGAAGGAAUUUUAGUCUAAGAAGCAACGCAAUUAAUGUCUUAGGAUGUAGGCCCCAUCCCUGCCUUUGGUGAUGCUAUCAUACGUUUCAAAGGCUUCGACUUGAAUUAUUUGGAAACUGAAACGCUUGCACGUGUAACGUAACAUACCACUUUUGCCAUCA